UCCUCUCUCAUUCAUUCCUCCCUUUUGAAUCGUAGACCAGGCGAUUCUGUCGGCGGCCGCCGCUUCCGGUUCCUGUUCCAGAGCCGCCGCCAGCGUGAUUAAUUUCGAAUCACCCAGAUCCGCUUUCGCUCUCUCCCGUAGCAAUGAAAAGGGGAGCCAAGCGCGUCGCCUUUGCCUCCGAUUUCGCUGCCGAUGCUGCCGUACGUUUAUCUUCGUCCCUCAUCCUCGCAGCCUCUUGAGCUCGAGUUUGGCGUUCAGCUACCGAUGUUCUAUUUAUUCCUCAUCAAGGACUGUAAGAUUUGAUUGGCGCAACUUUGUUGCAGUUCUAGCCGGUUGCCUGGUUAGGGUUCCUCGCAGUGGGAACUGAACUAAUGGGAUGUGGCACCUAGGAAUUAUUGGACAUGUUUCUAGGGAGGAGCGUAGAUUUCAAAAAUAAAAAAGAAAAACUUUGGUGAGAGAGAUGUAGUAAGGAAUUAAGUUAGAAAGGAAUGAGAGAUUCGUAUGAGAAGAGAGAAAUGUAAGUUCACGAAACUCGACUUGAGAUAAAACUCGUUAGUUUGAGUAUGAAGGCAAGUGACUCUUGAGGGAUGCCCUUAUAUCAACUAUUUUCCAUCAGAUGCCAUCUUCUGUUGCAUGGACUUUUCUAAGAGAAAAAAUUCUGCAAAACCUGUUAGAACACCAUUUGGAACUUCAUCUGAAUCCUAAGCCAAGUAGCACAAUGUGCAAAAGUAGAUGAGAACUAUUUGGACUUCAUCUUAAUCAUAAGCCACGUAGAAAUAUGUCAGUCAAGACAAAUUGAACAAAACAACUUGGCUUUGAGUUCCUUGAAGACCGUAUGAAGUUAGAAAUUUGAGUAUCUAGUGUAACUAAAAUAUCAUAUUUGCAUUUGCAUUUGUCUUGUAUUGUUUUCUGAUUUUUUGUUGCUUUGUUCAGUUUGCGUGGCUAACAAUGAGGUUUUAUUGUUCUUUAAUAUUUUAGUUUAAGUUUUACAAGUGUGGUCACGUAUUUUUUCUAUAGCAAAUGUGAUGUGGUUUCUUACUAUGUUUGCAUAUUUUACUAUAGUAAAUACGAUGUGUUUCCUGAUUGUUUAUUAAUUGAACUAAAAGGAAAGGGAUGUACAACUUGAUGGGAAACAUCAAGUGAGUUAAACAUUAUUGACCACAUGGAGUGUAGCAACUUCGUUUUGAUAGCCGUGCAAGGUUUCCACCUAGCAGGUAUAUUCACAUCAUGCCCCACUUGAUAUUACAACUUGCAAGGAACUUUAGCCCAACAUAGAUUUAUUGGUAGCCGGCAAGGAACAUUUGAAUUUUCCAAAUAAUUUGCCAUCUGAGUAUUCUUGAGACAAACAUCAAAACACUCUGAUAGGUAGCCACUUUGACAGGGGGCUCACUGAUCUCAAUUUGCAUGAUUGCUAGAACUUUUCUUAGCCUGAUAAUAUGUGGUUACUUUUAAGUCAUUUUUAUGCUAGAUUAUCCUAAUUUCUAAGUUAAUUUGUGAGUAGCUGAUAUUACUUUGAGCAUAGUUAUCCCACAAAAUAUUCAGACUGAAGUGGGGAUAUCAUAUGCAUUCCCAUACCGAAGAUCCUCUUCACAGUAAGGUUUCUUAUAUCACUAUUUGAUGUGUUUGAUUCUUCACUACUUUUGUCUGGAGUGGACACAAGCAAUGUGAGAGAUUCAGGGUACAUGUUAAAUUUUUGUUAACAUGUCAAUUUGUCAUUCAUAUUUUUAUAGGUAGGUUGUGAACUGCUCAAAACUAUUCUAAUUGCUUGGAAAUGCUAAUUUGUUUCUUGUAUGCCUUGACUUUCAAUAUUCUUUGUAAAACAAUAAGUUGGCACAUGAAAAUUAGAAUUGAUCUCAAAUCUUCUGUGAUUUCCCUUUAGACAUUGUUCCUUUGUGUUUAACAAGAAUUAUCAUGUAGUCACAAAAUUUUGGAGAUUGCAUCUCUUGGAUGGGUUGCAUAUUACAUAUAGUUUCCUUAUUAAAUUACGUAGUUUGUCAAUUUUCCAUAGUGUUCAAUAAUACAUUAAGCAAAUAUUAUUGCCAAGAGGCAAAUAUACUACUGUGCCACCUGAUAUUGCGCAACAAGAGUUUGCAAUGCAAAAAAGAGAAUUUCAAAGAGAAAAUCAAUCUAGCUUACUUAUUUAUUCUUUCUGACUUAUUAGACCAUAUUUUUGGCUUAUCAGAAGAGGUCUCUAUUUCAUUGCUUUUGUUAUUCAGUCAAUGUUUUUUUUGGCUCUCCAAAUAUUCUAUUAUGUAUGACUAGAUUGCUAAUUGAGGCAUGCAAUCCCGUGAGAUUGUUGGCUGAGACACUAUUUAUCUUGAUCAUGUAUCUGAAAUCUAUGAUGAGUUGUAUAUGCAACAAGAAUAGGACAGAAGAGGAAUAUUGUGCUUCUGUUAUUCUAAUUUGCACUGUUCAGGCCUGUGUAAUGUUUUCCCCCAUUUUCAAAUUGAUGCAGCCAGAGAGUAAAAGAGUAAUGGAUGGACCCUCUUUUCAUGUUGACAGGGUGGAGUCUUCCCAUCAGCCUUUGAUGGCGGGCCCACCAUUACAUCCACAGCGUGCGGAAUCAGCUCAACGGCAAGUGAGGGCUCUUAAUUCCCAGUUUGUAAGCUGGGUGCAGUCACAAUUAGAAAAGCAUCCAGAUGAGCUUUGGGAAGAUGGUGUUAACGACUAUCUCUCUCAUGCGUCUUCUAUAAAGGGGGAAUUCAAGGAUGUUGUGGAUUGGCUUAGGGCAAAAUCUGCAAUGGAAAGAAAUUUGCGAAUUGCAAGAUCAACAACUGAUCAGAAAAACUUGGUGACCACAUCUGGCUAUAGUAAUACAGAGAUGAUACAAUCAGAAACAAGUAAUGGGUUUACAAAGCAGCAACUCAUAAAUCCCAUAACUAGCUUCUCCACUUUGCAGAAGCCCACUCAGAAUUCUGGUUUAUUUUCUUUCACCCAAAUGCCAAGUUUUUCUGGUUCUAGCAAUAACCAGAAGAACACCUUGGCCAAUCUGUCGGAAAACAAGACAACAGCAUUUCCAUUGCUAACGACCAAUGGGGUUGAAAAGCCUGCGACACUGCCUACCUUUCCAAGCUUUCAAAAUCCCAGCUUGCAGAGCACUGGUCUUUUCUCUUUCAGUCAAACACCAGUUUUCUCUGGAGCUCAAAGUGAGAAUGCUACGAAAGCUGAAGUUUCAGGUGAUGCAGAUGAAGAAGAUGAUCUGGAGAAGCCAAGUAGCCCGUCUUUGGAGAGAACUGAAGAGAAAGGAAUAGUUGUUGUCCAUGAAGUCAAAUGCAAGCUGUACGUGAAGCCGGAUAAUCCUGAUGACAAAGGAUGGAAAGAUAUGGGUCUGGGUCAUCUUUCCAUUAAGUGCAAAGAAGGCGAAAAGAAAGCUACAAAAGAUUCCAAGCCAACCAUUAUCAUCCGAAAUGAUGUGGGAAAAAUUUUACUCAAUGCGUUGAUAUAUUCUGGGAUAAAGAUGAACAUUCAAAAGAAUACCAUUGCUUCAGUUUUUCAUACAACGGGUGGUGCAAAGGGCGUUGUUGCUCGUACGUAUCUUCUCCGGUUGAAAAAUGAAGUGGAAACCUCAAAUUUGGCAUCUGUUAUCAAAGACCAUACUCCAUCAGAAUGAAGUUUUAUGAGGUUGAGCACACUUCUGUUUCACUUUCUUUUGUAACAGCCUGAGCUAGUAUUAAAUUAUGCAAGAUAAUUUUAAAAUGAAUCGCUGUAUUACUAAGUUUCUGGUGUCAAAACCAACAAUAAGUUUUUCGCUAGAGCAUUUGUUGGUUCUUGAAAGAUAAAGCAGUCAAGUUAGAUAAUUAUCUUGAUGGAUA